UAAUUGUCUCCUUAAUGACCCUACUGCUGCAAUUACGAGAACUAUGUCCAAAUUACAAGGUUUUCAACUUUUCGACACUACAAAUACUUUUCAUAAACUGAUUUUUAAUAGUUUUCGUCUUGAAUUAGAACAAUGAGUGUGAUUUUAGUUGUGGUGCUUGUCCUCGGUUCAACUUUUGCCAAAACUUUACCUCCUGAAAUUGUCAAAUGUCGGAAAUCGGAUCCUAAUUUAAAUCAGUGUUUAGACAAGUAUGUCAUGGAAGAUGUUCGAAAGUUGGCAAUGGGGAAUAGGGAUUUGGGGAUUAAUCAGUUGGAGCCCCUGUCUAUCCCUGAAGUGACCUUGGGGGAAUCCUCCAAGGAUAUGUUACGACAAAUUUACAGAAAUGUGAAAAUUCACGGAAUCACCUCGGCCAUGAUUAAAAAUUCCAAGGCUAAUUUUACUCAAGACAGCUGUUAUUGGAAUUAUGACAGUUUCACCCCCUUGGUGCGCAUGGAAGGUGACUAUAAAAUCAACGGGAAAUUGCUGUUAUUUACCCUAAACGGCGAAGGGAAAUGCAAUAACACUUUUUGGGACGUCGACGGCAAAAACCAAUUCAAAUGUGAGAGAUACACAAAAAAAGGCAAAACUCACUUACGAAUGACCGAUCACGUGUUCAAAUUCAACCCCAAAAAAGUGAUUUUUUAUUACGAUGACAUCAUCAAAGGGAACGAACAAUUAAGUGAACAAAUCAUGAAAACAAUCAACGAAAAUGCCCUCGCGGUCUACGCCGACUUUGGGGCUGCCAUCGAACAAAUUAUGGCGACUGUUUGGGUGAAAAACAUAAACGAAGUGUUUGCUAGAGUCCCCGAAGAUGAGUUGUUUCAACCCUAGGGUCUCUAUACAAAUGUCAAUAAAAAUACUUUAUUUAAUCUAGUGAUAUGACAGUCCACUUAUUUGAUCAAUACAAAACAAAUACGAAGCGUUUUUUCUUAUUAUGCCCCAAACCUUGGCAACUAAUAGUAAAGUAGUAGGGGGUGGGAGGAUUAACUCUUCUCGAGACUUGACUCGACUAAAAUUUCAUUUUCCUUAUUUUCCAACUGUUGCCUCCACAUGGAGGCAUA